AAGUACAUCGAUCAACCACUCAGAUCGUGCGAUCGGCUGAUAACCUUAUAAACCUCUGCAAACCUUAGACAUAGGCAAAAUGUCCAAGGAUCGCCGAAUAGCAUAAACAUGGUAAAACGCUGUGCUUGGGGUCGAUGCAAAAGCGAUACUCGAUACGAAGAGCGAUUAGUUGGGAAUGUGAUAUUUCAUCCAUUUCCUAAACCUAAAAGACAUCUUGAUAGAUGUUUGCGAUGGAUCAAGGCUUGUGGGCGACCUCACGACCAACUCAACGUUGGCAAAGUGGACGGGAACUACAACCUUUACGUUUGUAGCAAGCACUUUAUUGACGGAGCCCCAUCGGAAGAAUACCCCGACCCCAUCCUUGCAGAAACAAUACCGGGACACGAUGGGUUGCCCAGAAAAUGGCCUGCUUCGGACCCGCUGAAAAAGAAACUCAAACUGUGGAAAAGAAUAACAAAUGAGCUAGUCACCAUGAGGUCUCAAGAUGAGUAUGCCUCCAUGUUCAGGGAUAUACUGAGAUGCCAAAUACAGACCCUUCUGGACCAGCUGUCCAAUGCAGGAGAGGAGAGCGUAGUGAUCACUGUGUCAGCUGACAGGCAGGCACAGACUAUGGGGUCAGAGGUCGGACAGAAGUUCCUUCUAGAGAACCUGGCAUUUGGGGACCCUUUCUUGACUUACUGCCUUCUUAACUCGGUAAAGAAAGAGCCAGAGGUACCGAGAUGGAGUAACAAACGCAAGCAAGAGGAGACAAACGGUGACAGUAACAGCAACAGCGAUGGUUUUGAAUCUGUAGUUCAGGCUCCCCAGAAAAGACAGAGGACCGAAACUUUAGAAGCAGUUGAGCAUCACACAUCUUUUACACCAACAACACCACAAAAACUACCUCUCUUACAAAUGGCUGAACUGGUGAAAAGGGAGGCAACUCAAUCUACCCCAGCUAUGCCAGUGGCUCAGUCCCCUUCUAUGACAUCUGUUUAUUCAGACUCGCCUCUUCCCAAGGGUCAUUCCAAGUGCGCCAUAUGCAGCUACAACUCUAAGUUUAAGGCCAACGUGACCAGGCAUGAACGUAAAGUACACGGGCUGAACGCGGACGGUGUUGACACGCCCACUGUUGAGUACGUGUGUGCAUUGUGCAGCUAUCGGUCCAGCUACAGGUCCAAUGUUAUGAGGCACGAGAAGAAUGUACAUAAGAUAACCUCCACUGCAUUGGAACUGGAAAGAAGGAAAGUAGUAUUGAACCAGCCUAGUGCAGCUGGUAACCAAUCCAUGCAGGCAGACGAGGAAGAAGAAGGGAACCAGUCUUUCCUAGGAUCCAAUAUGGCUGCCAGUGUAGAUGAUGAAAGUUCUAGAGACAAUGUUGAGGAAUCUGGGAAUGAUGUGGCUGACGCAGAGUACCACGUGUGUAACUACUGUCAAUUAGUGUUUGUAAGCCUGGAGCAGCUUAAAAAUCAUGUUGACGAGUCACAUUUGGGAUCAGAGAAAUUUGACUGUGAAACUUGUGGGGAGCCUUUUCCCAGCAUGUUAAGUUUAGACUCUCAUGUGCACAAGGAACACACGCUUGGUAAACAGGAGAAGUGUGGGUGUGGAAAGACAUUUCAAUAUAAGAUGGGUCUCUUGCGGCAUGCACGACGCUGUGAACAGGCCAAUAUUCAAUUGAAGGACGAUGGUAAUGGGCUGGAAACCAGUAUGGAUACAGUAACGGAUGGAAAUGGUGUGCAGGGAGCCAAAUCAGAACACGAUGAGCAAUCUGGUUUUCCAACUGAAGAUAGUGAUAAUCAUUCAGAUUCUGGUAAUUGUGUUGACUCACAGAAUGUAAGAGUUAAGAAAGAAGAAGAACAAGAGGUGAUAACAAGUAUUGACCAGGCUGACCAAUCAGGAAAGAGAUUCACCAGUUUAUAGCUGGAGCAAUAUUAGCCUGAUAUUAUUAUAAAAGAUUGUUUCAAAAGAUGAAUGUCUUUAUUUUAUUCUGGCUUUUUAUUCACUUUGAAGUUAGUGAUAUUGUCCCCAAAAAGUGUUAAUAACAUCAUAAUUCAGGUGAAUAUGUUGAAGUUUAGUGCAUAUGUGUAACCACACUUGUUUCUGUUUUAACUUAUUUGCCACACUAUUUCUGCGUAGCAUUACUCCCUUAUUAUUCAAUACUGAAGAAAUUCCGAUGAAAUAAAUAUUGAUAAAAGGGUGAUGUGGGAACGAUUUGAGUACAUAAGCAAAAUGAUAUUUUUGGUUCUCUCCUUUUUUGUGUCCAAAAUAUCAUUUUAUUGUAAACAUUAUUAAAAAAUUUCUAAUAAUACUUCGAUAAAUGAUAACACAUUUAUUUUCCAGUUUAAAUGCAGAGAACAUUUAGUAUUUAUUCUGUAAAAACAUAAAUUUUGUAUCAUGUUUCUGUUAAAAUUUCAUCAGGAGUCAAACUGACAAGUUAAUUGCAGCAGAUUUUAUAGUAACAUUUUACUCAGUGAAUUUUAUUUUGCAAAGCUGCUACAUGUAUUGCAUAAACAAAACAAAGAUUACAUGAAAGAGACAUUAGUAUAAACUUAGUGUUUUUAGCUCACCUGAGCACAACGUGCUCAUGAUGAGCUAUUGUGAUCGCCUUUUGUCUGUCGUGCGUUGUGCGUCGUCAACAUUUGCCUUGUUAACACUCUAGAGGCCACAUUUAUUGUCCAAUCUUCAUGAAACUUACUCAGAACAUGUGUCCCAAUAAUAUCUUGGACGAGUUCGAAAAUGGCUCCGGUUGAUUGAAAAACAUGGCCGCCAGGGGGCGUGGCUGUUUGCUUUAGUAAAACCUUGUUAACACUCUAGUAGUCACAUUUAUUGUCCGAUCUUCAUGAAACUUUGUCAGAACAUGUGUUCUAAUAAUAUCUUGGACGAGUUAGAAAAUGGUUCGGGUUGGUUGAAAAACAUGGCCGCCAGGGGGCGAGGCAGUUUUCCUUAUAUGGCUUUGGUAAAACCUUGUUAACACUCUAGAAGUCACAUUUUUAGUACAAUCUUCAUGAAACUUUGCUAGAACAUGUGUGCCAAUAAUAUCUUGGACGAGUUCGAAAAUAGUUCCGGUUGGUUGAAAAACAUGGCCGCCAGGGGGCGUGGCAGUUUUCCUUAUAUGGCUAUAGUAAGACCUUGUUAACACUCUAGAAGUAACAUUUUUAGUCCAAUCUUCAUGAAACUUGGUCAAAACAUGUGUCCCAAUAAUAUCUUGGACGAGUUCGAAAAUGGUUCCAGUUGAAUGAAAAACAUGGCCGCCAUGGGGCGGGGCAGUUUUCCUAAUAUGGCUUUACUGUAUGGUAAAACCUUGUUAACACUCUAGAAGUCACAUUUGUGGUCCAAUGCUCAUGGAACUUGGUCAGAAUAUUUGAACUAAUAACAUCUGGGCUAAGUUGAAAAAUGGUUGAGAUCAUUAAAAAAACAUGGUUGCAAGGGGGCAUGGCAUUUUUCCUUUAAUGGCUAUUUACUACAAAGCCUUGUUAACACUCUAGAAGUCACAUUUAUUAUCCAAUCUUUAUGAAACUUGAUCUGAACAUUUGUUCUAACAAUAGCUUUAGUGAGUUUGAAAAUGGUUAUGGUUUGUUGAAAAACAUGGCCACCACUGGGGGCGUUGUCCUUAUAGGGCUUUAGUGAAAACUUGUUGACACUAUAUUAGCCACAUUUAUUGGCCAAUCUUCAUGAAACUUGGUCAGAACAUUUGUCCCAAUAAAAUUUUUCCAGAGAUUUAAGCUGGGUCAUAUGAGCUCAAAAACUAGGUCACAAGGUCAAAUAUAAAAAAACAUGUUAAAUGUCACUUUUUUGGUCCAAAAUCAUCUUCAUGAAUCAGCUUGCAUUUUUUUCAGAAUAGUCUAGUUCCUUUGGCUUUCAGGUGAGCGCCUUAGGGCCUGAUGGCCCUCUUGUUCAUUUGUAGCACCGAGCCUAUUGUUGAAAUAGUUAAUUAAUUUAUUAUUGGAAUAAAAGCUUCAUUAUGUU